AUGAGCAAUGAACAGCAACAGCAUCACCACCAUAGUCGACUCUUUUAUUUCCUAACUGAUCCUUCUAAAUUAUCUUCACUUAUUAAUCCAAGUCAAUCUGGCAAUGUUCACCAACAUCCUCUUCCAUUACCAUCACUUCCUACAACUACUACACCCAUAGCUGUAGCAGCUGUACAAGACUGCUGUAACCAAUGUUGCAGGACAAUACCAAUAGAACAACAACAACAACAAUCUAUACCAACAGAACCAAUACAAUGCAAAUGGUCUAGUUGCUUACAAAGCUUCACUCAACCUGAAGACUUGGCUCCUCAUUUAUUUAAAGAUCAUGUCAAUAAGAAUCGUAAAAAACAAUUGAAAUGCUACUGGGAAUCUUGCUCAGAGACAGUAGAAGACCUACUAAAACAUCUCACCAGUCAACAUCUAAUGGGUCUAUGGCUUGCUUGUCGAUGGAUUAACUGCAACAGACGAUUCGAGGGCUUCAACACACUGACGAACCAUGUCUCUGAGGAUCAUGUGGGCUCAGGCAAAAGUGAGUACCAGUGUUAUUGGAUGUCAUGUGACAGACAAGGCAAGGUCUUCACGCAACGCCAAAAGAUCAUGCGGCACAUCCAGACACACACGGGAGCCAAACCCUAUCAGUGCCAAGUCUGCCAGAAACGAUUUUCAGAGUCAAACGUGAUGAUGCAGCAUAUGCGCACUCAUACAGGCGAAAAGCCAUAUCGAUGUCAAGAUUGCAAUAAGCAGUUUACCGUAUCUGCUUCAUUAACCAUUCAUAAAAGAGUUCAUACAGGAGAGAAGCCGUUUGCUUGUAAAUAUCAGAAUUGUAAUAGACGGUUUAUUGAAAGCAGUAAUUUAACCAAACAUAUGAGAGUUCAUACAGGAGAAAGACCUUUUAAAUGUACUGUAAAAUUAUGUGAAAAGGCAUUUUCAAGGUCUGACCAAGUAACUCGACAUUUAAAGACACACAAGAGUUGA